GAGAGAGAGAGAGAAGUUUCCACCGCUCUUGCUGCACACAGUCUCUCAUCGCUCGCUUCUCUCGAUGGCACGUCUGUCUCCGUGUGCAGAUGUGUUGUAUUGCAGCGGUCGCAGCUCCGUCGCCCGCCGUCUGUAGGACUCGGGAGUCCAUGUAAUCGUCACCAUGGCCGAUUUCGCAGAGAAUCAGAGAAGCGCCGUCGCUCCUCCACCGGUUGCUGGCUGGAAAGCUGCGUCUGGAGCAGCAGAAACGAGCGCGGAGGCGCACCGUGGAGGAGAGCUGGUGUCAAACGGAAACUGCAGCGCGCCAGACACAGUGAAGGGGCUCCAAAAGCAGUCCAGCUGCGAGCUCCCGACGUGGGAGGGCACAGGUUCUGAUUCAGCAUCUAAACCGAUCCCUCGACGCAGCAGUCUGAUCAAGGACGGGUCACGCGUGGGUCGGGAGAGGAAGAAGACCGUGUCCUUCAGCAGCAGUCUGUCAGAGAAGAAGAUCAGCAGUGCCGCUGACUGCAUUCACUCCAUGGUUGAGGGAAGUGAGCUGAAGAAAAUCCGUCCAAACUCACGUGUUUACCAGCGCUAUUACAUGCUGGACGCAGGUCUCCAGGCUCUGUGCUGGGAGCCGUCCAAGAAGGAGUCAGACAAAGCCCGGAUCUCUCUUUCCUCCAUAAGAGAGGUACGGACGGGCCGUAACACAGAAACCUUUCGUACCAGCGGGGUUUAUGAGCAGAUAUCAGAGGACUGUGCAUUCUCCAUCAUCUAUGGAGAUCUGUACGAAAACCUGGACCUGGUGGCCAACUCUGCUGAAGUGGCGAACAUUUGGGUGACCGGACUAAGGUAUCUGAUGCAGUAUGGGAAACAUGCCCUGGACAUGCUCUCCAGCAGUCAGGACAGUCUAAGACUCGGCUGGUUAGAGCAGCUGUUCUCCUCUGCCGCUGAUUCGGACGGACAGGAUGGUGUCGAGGAGGGAAUUCGCUUGCAGUCGGCCAUCAAGUUGAUACAGCGUGUGAACCCCGGGGUGAGCGGCAGCAAAGUGGAGCACAGGUUUAAAGAGCUACAAAGGGUUCGGCUUAUGCUGGAUAAUGGGGCUGGACUCAAAGACCACGCGGAACCCAAAAGAUCUCCGGGAAGAAAAGAGCGGGUCACCAAGCAGGAGUUCAUCGAGGUCUUUCACGACUUUGGCACACGUCCGGAGAUCUACUUUCUGUUGGUGCAGUUCUCAAGCAACAAGGAGUUCCUGGACGCCAAAGACCUGAUGCGGUUCCUUGAAGCUGAGCAGGGCAUGACUCAAGUGAGCGAGGAGACAAGUCUGAAGCUCAUCCAGUCCCAUGAGCCAUCAGAGGAGGGUCGGCAGCAGGGAUACCUGUCUUUGGACGGCUUCACCAGCUACCUUACUUCAGCAGAGUGCCGCCUCUUUGACAGGGAGCACGACAUCGUGUGUCAGGACAUGUCCCAGCCUUUGUCCCACUACUUCAUCAACUCCUCCCACAACACCUACCUCAUCGAGGAUCAGUUCAAAGGUCCCUCGGACAUCUCCGGCUACAUCCGGGCCCUCAAGAUGGGCUGUCGAUGUGUGGAAGUGGACGUUUGGGACGGUCCUGAUGAGGAGCCAGUGGUGUGCACAGGUCACACCCUUUCCCCACCACUGACCCUGCGCUGCGUGUUGGAGGCAAUUGGAAAGUUUGCAUUUGUGGCUUCAGGCUAUCCUUUAAUCAUAUGUAUUGAGAACCACUGUUCAUCUGGACAGCAGAAGAAAAUGUGGGAGUAUCUCACGGGCGUACUCGGGGAGAAGUUAUACACAACUCCCCCAAAUGAAGGGGACGCCUACCUGCCAUCGCCACAUGCCUUAAGGCAUAAAAUUCUACUGAAGGGUAAAAAGUUGGGUCCAGGUUCUGAUGGUGAGGAUGGGGAGGUAAGUGAGGAGGAUGAAGGUGCAGAGAUGUGUCAAAGGUUGAAGACAGCUAACAGUGGAUUGGCAGCUCUUGCAGGAAGUGAGAAGGACACGUUGCAGAAAAGCGUCCCUUCCACAGCUCACUGUAAUCCUCCUCAUCCGCCCUCCAAGCGGUUCCAACUAUUGAAGGAGAUGUCUGACCUAGUAACUCUUUGUCACUCUGUGAGCUUUGUUGAUUUUCCAACAUCAACAAAAACCCAAAAACCUUGGGAACUGUGUUCCUUUCACGAGUCCCUGGCCGUGCGUCUCGCUGGCGACAGCCCCGGUCACUUUGUCAAUCACAACAAGCAUUUCCUGUCGCGGGUUUACCCCAACCCCAUGCGAAUUGACUCGAGCAACAUGAACCCUCAAGACCUGUGGAAGUGCGGCUGCCAAAUUGUGUCUAUGAAUUUUCAGACAGCAGGUCUGAUGAUGGACCUGAACACUGCUUGGUUCCGGCAGAACGGGAACUGUGGUUACGUUCUGCGUCCAGCCAUCAUGCGGCAGGAGGUGUCUUAUUUCAGCGCCGACACGAGAGACACGGUGCCUGGUGUGUCUCCACAGCUGCUUCACGUGAAGGUGAUAAGUGGCCAGAACCUGCCAAGGCCAAGGGGCUCUGGGGCCAAAGGGGACGUGGUAGACCCAUAUGUGUAUGUGGAGAUCCAUGGCAUCCCAGCAGACUGCACAGAGCGCCGCACCAGGACAGUGAUGCACAACGGAGACAACCCUAUCUUUGACGAGAGCUUCGAGUUCCAGAUCAAUCUGCCGGAGCUCGCUAUGGUUCGCUUUGUUGUGCUGGAUGACGACUUCAUAGGGGAUGAUUUUAUAGGUCAGUACACCAUCUCUUUGGAGUGUCUUCAGCCAGGCUACCGACACGUACCACUGCAGUCCCUGACGGGAGAGGAGCUUCCACACUCCAGGCUGUUCGUCCACGUGGCCCUCACCAAUCGUAGAGGAGGAGGAAAGCCUCACAAACGUGGCCUGUCCGUGCGGAAAGCCCGCAAGGGCAGGAGCUACACGGCGCUGAGGGACCUGGGCGUUCGGGCGGUGGACGAGGUUUUCAAGACGGUUGCUCCACUGGUGAAGGAAGCCACCGAUCUGAGGGAAAACAUGCAGAGCUCUGUGGCAGUGUUUAGGGAGCUGUGUGGAGUGUCAGCAGUGGCUAACCUCAUGCAGUGCGUUCUGGCUCUGAGCUCCAGGGUGUCAGGACCAGACGGGACGCCUUUGCUGUUGUUUGACCUACGUGAGCAGUACCCCACCCUGGAGCCCCAGGGGCCCCUGCCUGAUGUCCUCCGCCGCGUCGUCUCCACCUACGAAAUGAUGGUCCAGGCCAGCAGAGCUGUGGUGGAGCUUUCUGAUGGAAUCUACAACAGAAUCCUGCAAAUACAGACAACAGGUGUGUGUAUAGGAUCUAAAGGAUAUUUCCUGGCAGAGACUCCGACCUUGCCAUGGAGACCAAAACCUGGUCCUUUAUGAGGCAAAACUCAUUUUCUGAGCUACGGAUUAAGUGUAGCUUGAGAUUCAAAUGAAGGUUAAAUGGUUAUGGUUGGGGAUAACGCUUUGUUCAAUCUGUCCAAAUGAAAGGAAGCCAAUGAAGCAAAGCUGCGCAUGUGUGAUUUGCAGAAGCUGCGAUGUCGAGCAUGUGUUCUGACGUGUGAGUGCCUGCGACAACUCCUACACAGCCUCUCAACAACACUGUUUUCCAAAGUGCAGUGGCUGCUUUUGUUCAUAACACUUCUACUUUCCUUCCCUUAGAAUGAUUUCACUCUCCUCUCCUCCCCCGCCACAUAUUCUCCUGCCUUAUUGGCCUUAAUCACUGCUCCGUCUCUUUAGCACGGGACGCCGCGUCUGACCUGCUGAUAAGACCUCUGUGAUCUUUGAUCUUUGGCAGGGGUUUGUUUACUUCAGUGUGGCCCCGUAGGCCGUGACAGACAGUAGUGACAACCCCACAAACGCUCGUCACAUUGAGUCUCCGUCUGUCACGCAGAGACGGCACGAUUGACAGCAGUGUCUCGGUGCAAAUGUAAAUUACUUUCAUGUUAUUUAUGUUGUCUAGGUACUGGCCAUCCAAGGUGUUAUGUGUAAGAAGUGUAUACUGCGGUUAGGAAAGUGUGUUCAACUGGUGCAGCUCAUAUGUUCACAAAGUGCAUUUUCAUUUGUGGGUGGCAAACUCUGUUUAUGUUUUGGUUUGGUGGUUUGGUUUGUUACACACACCCACCACCGAAAACACAGCUCGUAGCACUUCAUCACACAGGAUGCCAGCACGGAGCAGCUCACUGCGAGUGUCAGAAAUGCCGAAUUUAAAACCAAACCGAAGCGUCUCAGCCAGAGGAGCAGCUGAUCGAGGCUCCGCAGCAUCUCGCCUUAAAAUAGAGACCGCUGAGAGCGGAGACUAAGUUGAUGCCAGUGUGGAUACGGACACACUUUUCAAAUCAGAUCCAAUUGAACUUGUGUACGUCUGCUUUAAGUCUCUGCCUGGUGUUAACACUUCAAAUAAACCAAAUAGGUUUUCAA